AUGGCCGCCGCCUUCGACGACGAAGACCUCUCCGUCUCCCUCCCCUCCUUCGAUCGCAAUCGUCGCCGCGACCGAGAUUCUGAUCGCGAUCGCAGAUCCGGUGCUCCGCCUCCCUCAAACAACCCUUCUGCUAUGGCGAUGCCGCCUCCCUCUCGUCCGCCCGGGAAGGGCGAUCCGUCCAUGCAGUCCCCCGCCACCAUGAGGGACAUGCAGCGCCUCGAUCAGUACCACACCAUCAAGAUUCUCGGCGAGGGUUCUUUCGGCAAGGUGAAGCUGGCCAUUCAUCAGCCGAGUGGUCGUCAAGUCGCUUUGAAAAUCAUCUCGCGCCGGAAACUUCUCUCGCGGGACAUGGUUGGCCGUGUGGAACGUGAGAUUCAAUAUCUGCAGCUCCUCCGACAUCCUCACAUCAUCAAACUGUACACUGUAAUUGCCACCAAAACGGACAUCGUGAUGGUUCUGGAAUAUGCGGAACGGGAGUUGUUCGACUAUCUGGUCAAGCGGGGUCGAUGCAACGACGCCGAAGCUCGCAAGUUCUUCCAGCAAAUUAUCUGUGCCGUCGAAUACUGUCAUCGUCAUAAGAUCGUCCACCGUGAUUUGAAGCCGGAGAAUCUCCUCAUUGACAGCGAGAAGAACGUCAAGAUCGCUGAUUUCGGAUUAAGCAAUAUCAUGACGGACGGAAACUUCCUCAAGACCAGUUGUGGUAGCCCCAACUACGCGGCGCCGGAAGUCAUCUCGGGCAAGCUCUACGCCGGGCCCGAGGUCGAUGUCUGGAGUUGUGGUGUUAUUCUAUACGUCCUACUGGUCGGCCGACUCCCCUUCGACGACGACUACAUCCCGGCCCUUUUCAAGAAAAUUGCCGCCGGAAACUUCCACAUGCCGCCAUACAUCUCUUCCGGGGCGGCGCGAUUAAUCCGCUCCAUGCUGCAAGUCCAUCCCGUCCAUCGAAUCACCAUCCCCGAAAUCCGCCAGGACCCCUGGUUUCUCCAAGAUCUUCCGAAGUAUCUGCAACCUCCUCCGGAGGAGUUUAUCGCGACUGGAGUCGACUUGAGCCGGGCGAUUGAUCCUCGCAAGUUGGCUCCGGGAAAGCCCUUGUCCGCGCAGCAUAAGAUCAACCAGGUCGCUAUUUCCAAGCUGGAACGCAGUAUGGGAUAUGCACGGGAAGACAUUGAGGACGCCCUGCGGAAUCCGGAACCUAGUGCGAUCAAAGAUGCAUUCUUCAUUAUUGUCGAGAAUGAGAUGAUGCAAACGAACUCCCCAACCGAUGAAAACCUGAUGGGCCCAGUAACGGCGCCUCCCCCUCCGUCCCGCAGUCCCGCACCGCCUGCAGCAGCUGGUCGGGCCGCCGCUCCUCCUACGCAAGCACCACCCCCGGGUCUUCCAACACGCACCCGCAGUGGCUCACAUCGUCCGUCGAUGCAACUGGCCGAAGACUCGGAUGACAUCGAACAGCCGCGGCUCAGUCAUGUUCGCAUCCUGCCCACGAGUCUACCCUACGUGCACGAACAGUUGAUGGAACAGCGGGAGCGGGAGCGCGAACAACGGGCGCGGGCGGCCAAUAAAUUGAUGGAAGACCAGGCGCAAGUGGAUGAAGACGGGGAAACCACGCGACAGGACCAAGAGGCGACGGCCAAGGCUCUCAAACCGCAUGCUCGAAGCAUUGUCGAUCUGGAGAAACUCCGAUUCGAUCCACCGGAGGGCCGGAGCGCACCCCAUCAACCGAAGAAGACCCGCAAGUGGCAGUUUGGUAUUCGCUCACGGAACCAGCCUUACGAGGCGAUGCUCUAUCUGUACAAGGCGAUUGCUGCGCAGGGUGGCAUCUGGGAUAUUCAGCCGGCUGAAUCAGGUACCGAAAUUGGAAGCGACCUGCCUCCUGCGGAGAAGCCCCUUCAAACCAAGUAUCCUGAUUUACCGUCGGACUACUAUGUUCCUAAAGAUCCGUGGUUUAUCCGGGCGCGACUCCUGAAAGAAGGCGUUCGAGCACCGGGAUCGUCCGGCAGUGUGAACAGUAGUCGGAGCGAUCUGGAAGAAUUCCGGCGUCGCUUCCAUCUUAGCGCGGGGCCAUCAUCGCUGGACGAGAAACAGCCGGGGUUUGCGGAACAUGGCGGGACAUCCGGACCGUCCUCUGCGUCCCAGCAUCCGGCCAUCUCGCGGGUGGCGUACGGGGUGUGGGUGUUUGUCGACAUCCAACUGUACCAGCUGGAGGCGAACAACUACAUGGUGGACUUCAAGUGCGAUGGAUACCAGAAUGUGAUCCGGGCGGAGGGCGACAAGGAAUGGCACCCGAUCAGCAAACGCUACCGCAACAAGGAGAAGGAGGUGACGAGUCCGUAUCCGUUCUUGGAUGUGGCCUCGGAUUUGGUGGCGCAGUUGGCGGUUGCCAGUUGA